AUGGCAGCUACCCCAAAUAAUAACGAUGCCAUCAUCCUGGAGUUUGAGGAUAUGCGUCGGCGGAGUGACAUCCUCUUGGAUGAACUACAAAAACUUGAGGAACUAGGAAACCCCAACAGCAGAGACCUGAUCCUCCCCGGCCAGCUACAAAAUGGCUGGCUCACAGUCCCCGGUAUCCGGCCCAUGGUGAAUCGAGUCAAGUCGGAGACUCUGAGUCUAGAACGUGCCUUGGAAGACUACAAAAAGCGUUUAUCCUCCGAUUCUGAAGACGAUCUGGAACUUGCAAGGAAACGACUUCGCAGCCGCCUUGUGUCCUGCAACCUGCCCUCAGCAGAGGCGCAAUGGGAUGUUAUAAAACGCUGCUCUGAUCUGAGAGCUGUCGGCCAACAGUUCUCCCGCACCAUGGCUUUGACUCAUGGUGGAAAACCGCGGCCCCAAUCACUCAACGAUCAAAAAAGGGAGUCCAGGAAACCUGUCCCACCUGGGCAGCUCGCUCUCGUCGACGCUAUUGUUGAUGGCGGUGCGGAAUGGAUCCGGGUUAUGAGUAUCACGGAGAGUCGAUUGCUGGAGGAAAUGGCCGCAGGUGGCUGGGACUGGGGAUGCGAGGACAGUGACGACGAGGACCAAGAUACAAGCGGCGCGACAGGAACAGGAGGCAAUGACGAUGGUGACGACGACGAUGAGAUGGAGAUAUCAAUUGUCAAGACGGUCAAAGGUCUCGUGCAAGCCGCCGAGAUACACCAGGCGACCAGCCCAGGAGCCAGCGCAACAGGUUCCGGCGAGACGAGGAUACACGUGGUGCUUACCAGGAUACGCGAAGGUUCCCAGCCAGAAAUCGACAGACUUCUCCGCCACGCCCGAAGGAUGGGUCGCGGCAAUAUCAAGGUCAUAAUUGACGGCACAGAGUCGGGCAUCUGCAGCGAGCCAAUACCACCUCUUGAAACGGCUUUGCAAAACCUCGUCCCAUAUUCAGGCUCGCCUGAAAAGUAUCUCACCGAGAAGAUCAAUCUCGAUGCUAGCACCAUGAUUGCAUUGAUCUCGGAUAUCUCUCAUGCGCAGAUCGAGGUUCAGGAUUGGCACCGCAAGGAUAUCCAGAAGCAGAUCCAAGAGGAGGACUCUGGGUCCAACGCGACAGUUGCCAAGUUUCUAUAUCCGCUGCUAGUCGAUAGAGAGCUGGUUUGCACCCUCGGUGCCGCUCAACGUGUCUGGGACAUUGUCAGCAUGAUGGGCACAGGAGGCGAGCCUUCACGGACGGCGCUGCUCAUACCUCGUCCAGGUCAAGACCUAGAGCUGACCGAGGAGGAAUCAUUAAAGAAGUUCCGGGAGCAUUGUGUCCAUCCUGUACCAGAUGGGCUCAGGCUACCCAUCAAGAUUAUUGAUGCCAAGAUGGCGGGGAGAUGGGAGGGUCUAGUCGAGGAGAAAAAGCUGCCUGAAGUGGUUAGAUCCAUCGCCAAGGACCUUCUCAAUGAAGUCAACAUGGAAUCCUUCCUGUACGGCUGGGAGGCCGGAAUCACAACAGUGACGGCCAAUGGCUCUCUUGCGCAACAAAUCGGGAGAGCCCUUGAAGAGGAUCAAACACAGAGACGACAGACCCAGCAGGGAGAGGAGGGCUCAAACCCGCCGCCACCGGCGCCAUUGAUAUUAGUGCACUCUGUCAGAAGGUCUCUUGGAGCUAAGGGACAGCCGAGAGAGCGCCGGAAAACCAACGGCCGUGCCAAAGAAUAA